CUUGUCCCUGAUUAUUUACUCCCAAUAAAAGCAAAGAACUGCACAAAAUUGGGCUCAAAUAAACCUCUUCAGGCUGAUGAGCCCCAUUGCUCGUUCGACGGACAUCUUCUUUUCCUACCAUUUCCUUUGUGUGUUAUUGAGGAACCACCCGCCUCCUAAAAAUGUCCAGAAGGCAUUCCCAAUUCCGACCUUGUAUCGAUCUCCACCAAGGCGUCGUCAAACAAAUUGUGGGCGGCACCCUUGAUCUCACGUCUCAGUCUGGCGCUGGACCCACCGAGAACUUCGUUGCUACCCACCCUCCUUCCUACUUUGCCGACCUGUACAAGACUAACGACCUUGUUGGAGGACAUAUAAUCAAGCUUGGUCCAGGAAAUGACGAGGCUGCGAAGGAAGCAGUCAGCGCUUGGAGAAAUGGUAUGCAAGUCGGUGGUGGGAUAACGGAAACCAAUGCCCAGGAAUGGCUAAAUAAUGGUGCCUCUAAGGUGAUUGUGACAAGUUACUUGUUUCCCAACGGCAAGUUUGAUGAGGAUAGGUUAAAACGCCUGGCAAACCAGGCUGGCAAGGACAAGCUUGUUGUUGACAUUAGCUGUCGUAAACGAGAAAACGGCUGGGUUGUAGCUAUGAACGGGUGGAAGACUCUUACAGAUAUGGCCGUCACUAAGGAGAGUAUACAGCUUGUAGAGCGAUAUUGCUCUGAAUUGCUCAUCCACGCUGCCGACGUUGAAGGAUUAUGUCAAGGCAUCGAUGAAGAACUUGUCACCCGGCUUGGCGAGUGGGUAAGCAUCCCCUGUACAUACGCUGGCGGUGCCAAAGAUAUCUCCGACCUAGCCCUUGUUGACCGGUUAUCAAACGGCAAAGUUGACCUUACUUUUGGCUCAUCACUUGACAUAUUUGGAGGCAAGGGUGUCAAAUUUACGGAUUUGGUCAAGGCCGACAAAGAAGCCAAGGAGCACCUAAAAUGUACAACUUGCAUAGAUUCAGACACAUGCUAAUGCACAUCUACUAUAAUAAUC